AUGAUUUCUUGGGUCGCCAAUUGCGACUUGUUGGAGGUAGAUGGUUAUUGGCUUUUGAUGCUUCACAAGAAUCAAGCCAGUCCAUGUCCAGUCAAAUUCAUAGCUUGCUGAGGCGCUGUCAUGCCCUGCACAUCUUUUAGGAUCCUGCCAUCUCUCUCUCUCUCUCUCUCUCUCUUCCUUAAAUACCCAUUCUGAUAAACUCCAUAGAGUGGCUACGGACUACGGGCAAGUUUUAGCCGCUCAUUCGCUUCUUCUUCGUUUGGGAUUUUGCUUUUGAACCUCUGGUUUUUUGAAGAUAGCUCUCCAUUUCUUUCACUUCAUUCAUCUUCAGGGAAUUAGAGAAAUAACUGGACAGUUCCCAAGUAGAAGAUGAGCAUAUAGUGUUUUGUGCUUAGAAAUUUUAGCCAUGGCUUCCUCUUGGUUAAGUUCACCUUCUUGCUCCAUGAUUCAAUCCUCUGAGGAUCAGGCUCUUGGAUCUAUAUUCCAAUGGUCACGGUUCAUUUUUCUUUCACCUUGUCCUCAAAGGGUUUUGUUAUCCUCCAUUGAUGUCCUGUUCUUGCUGUUUCUCAUAGCUUUUGCAUUGCAUAAGUUUUCUAGACUCCGGUCGGGUGAUCGGAUGGACUCUGAUGUAAGCAAACCUCUCAUGGGUAGCAGUAGACCUCCUAUAACGACCACCAUCUUGUUUAAACUCUCUCUAAUUGUGUCUAGCCUGUUAUCCUUCUGCUACCUUGUUCUAAGUAUCUUGACAUUUUUCUCAAGUGAUCAAUCGAAAUGGAGGAUUGCGAACGGGGCGUUCUGGUUGGUUCAGGCAUUGACUCAUGGAGUGAUUGCUAUCUUAAUAAUCCAUGAAAGAAGAUUUGUAGCUGCUAAGCAUCCACUUACACUUCGAAUUUACUGGGUUAUGAACUUCAUUAUAAUUUCCUUGUAUAUGGCGUCAGCAAUUAUGCGUUUGGUCUCUUCUAGAACAACUGAUGAACUCAAUUUGACUUUGGAUGAUAUAGUUUCCAUAGCUUCAUUUCCAUUAUCAGCUGUUCUUCUAUUUGUUGCCAUGAAAGGAUCAACAGGGGUUAUGGUGGGUGUAUCAGAAAAGGCAGAAUUCGAUGGACACAGUGACACGAUCGAGUCAGUUUCGAGUAAAUCGAAUGUGUCUUUAUUUGCUUCAGCAUCUUUCACAUCGAGGGCCUUUUGGCUAUGGAUGAAUCCCUUGUUAUCUAUGGGUUACAAAGCCCCUCUCCAACUAGAACAAGUUCCAACUCUUUCACCUCAGCAUAGAGCUGAGGAAAUGUCAGCUCUCUUUGAAUCAAAAUGGCCUAAACCUCAUGAAAAGUCGACUCACCCGGUUCGAACUACGUUGCUUCGUUGCUUUUGGAAGGAAAUUGCGUUUACAGCCGUCCUUGCUAUUGUGCGUACUUGUGUCAUGUACGUGGGGCCUGUUCUUAUUCAACGUUUUGUAGAUUUCACUGCUGGAAAAAGUAGCUCUCCUAAUGAAGGAUACUAUCUUGUACUGAUUCUUCUAGCUGCCAAGUUUUUUGAAGUUCUUACCACUCAUCACUUUAAUUUCAACUCUCAAAAGAUUGGUAUGCUCAUUCGAUGCACUCUAAUUACUUCUUUGUAUAAGAAGGGCUUGAGGCUAUCAUCAUCUUCUAGACAGGAUCAUGGGGUUGGUCAGAUUGUGAAUUACAUGGCUGUUGAUACCCAACAGCUCUCUGAUAUGAUGCUACAAUUGCACGCUGUAUGGUUGAUGCCAUUACAAGUUGGUGUUGGUAUGACACUUCUCAGUGCUUAUCUAGGCCUUGCUACACUUGUAACACUGCUUGCACUUAUCGGUGUUCUUAUAUUCGUCGUGCUGGGCUCGCGUCGAAACAACAAGUUUCAAUUCAAUGUAAUGAUGAAUCGUGAUUUACGAAUGAAGGCAACGAAUGAGAUGCUGAAUUACAUGAGGGUGAUCAAGUUUCAAGCAUGGGAGGAGCAUUUCAAUGAUAGAAUUCAAGCUUUUCGUGAUUCAGAAUUUGGAUGGCUAACUAAAUUCAUGUAUUCAAUGUUUGCUAAUAUCAUAGUCAUGUGGAGUACGCCAAUAGUUGUAUCAACUCUCACCUUUGGGGCUGCGUUACUGUUAGGUGUCAAACUCGAUGCCGGGACAGUGUUUACAAUGACAACUAUCUUUAAGUUGUUGCAGGAGCCGAUCCGAACGUUCCCUCAGUCGAUGAUAUCGCUUUCACAAGCGAUGGUCUCACUUGGGAGGUUGGAUCAGUUCAUGUUGAGCAAAGAGUUGGUUGAAGAUUCAAUUGAAAGAACUGAGGGAUGUCAUGGGAAUGUUGCUGUUGUGGUCAAUAAUGGCCGAUUUAGUUGGGACGACGAUGCGAAUGGUGAAGUCGUUUUGAAUGAUAUAAACUUGAAGAUUCAAAAGGGAGAACUUGCAGCUGUGGUUGGGACUGUGGGAUCAGGAAAAUCAUCUAUUUUGGCUGCAAUUCUUGGUGAGAUGCAUAAACUGUCAGGAAAGGUUCAUGUUUGUGGAACAACGGCUUAUGUUGCUCAAGGAUCAUGGAUUCAAAAUGGCACCAUUGAGGACAAUAUCUUAUUUGGUUUGCAUAUGGACAGAGAGAAAUACAGGGAAGUUAUCAGGAUUUGUUGCUUAGAAAAAGACUUAGAAAUGAUGGAGUAUGGAGAUCAGACCGAGAUUGGUGAGCGCGGCAUUAACCUCAGCGGCGGGCAGAAGCAGAGGAUACAACUCGCCCGAGCUGUCUAUCAGGACUGUGAUAUCUAUCUUCUUGACGACGUAUUUAGUGCGGUUGAUGCUCAUACUGGCUCUGAAAUUUACAAGGAAUGUGUAAGGGGAGCUCUCAAAGGCAAGACCGUGAUACUUGUUACUCAUCAAGUUGAUUUCUUGCACAAUGUUGAUUCAAUCUUUGUAAUGAAAGAUGGGACGAUCGUUCAAUCUGGAAAAUACAAUGAACUAGUAGAGAAUGGUAUGGAGUUUGGGGCAUUAGUAGCAGCUCAUGAGUCCUCCAUGGAAAUUGUGGAUAGCUGCAAUCCUACGCUCGAAGUUUCGUCUCCUAAACCUCCUCAUUCGCCGUCGCUGCAUAGGGAAACCAAUGGUGAAAACAGCCAUUUGGAUCAACCACAGGCCGAAAAGGGUUCAUCAAAACUCAUUAAAGAUGAGGAGAGGGAAACUGGGAGUGUUAGCUUGGAGGUGUAUAAGCUUUAUUGCACUGAGGCUUAUGGCUGGUGGGGAGCUAUAGUGGCCUUGUUACUCUCACUAGUGUGGCAAGCUUCUUUGAUGGCUGGUGAUUAUUGGUUAGCAUACGAAACUUCAGCCGAGCGCGCUGCGACGUUCGACCCUUCGUUGUUCCUUUCGGUAUACGCUGCAAUCGCUGCCAUUUCAGUGGUGUUGGUGUUAACAAGAUCACUUUCUUUUGUACUCAUAGGGCUCAAGACAUCCCAGAUUUUCUUUUCACAAAUUCUUACUAGUAUCUUGCACGCCCCCAUGUCGUUUUUCGACACCACGCCAUCCGGAAGAAUACUAAGUCGAGCUUCAAAUGAUCAAACCAACAUUGAUUUGUUCAUCCCCUUCUUCAUAACCAUUGCUACUGCAAUGUACAUUACAGUGCUCAGUAUCUUCAUUGUCACAUGUCAAUAUGCUUGGCCUACAGUUUUCCUUGUGAUUCCACUUCUAUUUCUCAACGUUUGGUACCGGGGAUACUACCUUGCAACAUCUCGCGAAUUGACACGUCUCGACUCGAUAACUAAAGCGCCUGUAAUUCAUCACUUCUCAGAAAGCAUACAAGGAGUUAUGACCAUUCGGUCUUUUAGAAAACAAGAUCAGUUUUGUGGAGAAAACAUUAGAAGAGUAAACAAUAAUUUGCGUAUGGAUUUCCACAAUAAUGGAUCAAAUGAGUGGUUGGGAUUCCGUUUGGAAUUGCUUGGAAGUAUAGUGUUCUGCAUUUCAGCAAUGUUCUUGAUCUUACUACCUAGCUCCAUUAUCAAACCUGAAAAUGUUGGUUUGACUUUGUCAUAUGGAUUGUCUUUGAACUCUGUCAUGUUCUGGGCCAUUUAUAUGAGCUGCUUCAUUGAAAACAAAAUGGUUUCUGUUGAGAGGGUGAAGCAAUUUUCUGUCAUACCACCAGAAGCUGCAUGGAAAAUUAAAGACUCUCUUCCUCCCUCAAAUUGGCCAUACCGUGGCAAUAUUGAUCUAAAAAAUUUGCAGGUUCGAUAUCGGCCGAACACGCCUCUGGUCCUUAAGGGUCUUACUUUAAGUAUCAACGGAGGAGAAAAGAUCGGUGUCGUUGGUCGAACCGGGAGUGGCAAAUCAACUCUGGUCCAAGUGUUGUUCAGACUGGUUGAACCUUCAGCAGGGAAAGUUAUUAUUGAUGGCAUUGAUAUAGCUACAUUGGGACUUCAUGAUCUAAGAUCUCGACUUGGGAUCAUUCCUCAGGAGCCGGUUCUUUUCGAGGGGACGGUUAGAAGCAAUAUCGACCCGAUUGGCUUGUAUUCUGAUGAUGAGAUAUGGAAGAGCUUGGAUCGAUGCCAACUUAAAGAUGUCGUGGCUUCUAAGCCCGAAAAACUCGAUUCUCCAGUUGUUGAUAAUGGAGAAAACUGGAGUGUGGGGCAAAGGCAGCUUCUCUGCCUUGGAAGGAUCAUGCUAAAGCGUAGUAAGAUUCUAUUCAUGGACGAAGCAACCGCAUCAGUCGACUCGAAAACCGACGCUUUGAUUCAAAAUAUCAUUCGAGAGGACUUCAGAUCGUGCACGAUCAUAAGCAUAGCUCAUAGAAUUCCCACAGUCAUGGAUUGUAACCGAGUUUUAGUGAUCGACGCAGGUAAAGCAAAAGAAUUUGAUAGGCCUUCUCAGUUGCUUCAAAGAGCAACACUUUUUGGGGCAUUGGUUCAGGAGUAUGCCAACCGCUCGUUAGACCUUUAA